ACUGGUCUGGUCUGGAUUGCUCUUUCAAUGUCACGUUUGUUGUGUGUAAAAUUAUUUAACGUCUGGCUGCAAGAUUGUGUAUAAGUGUGUGGAACAUGAAUAAAUUUAGCUGUAUAUUGUUUAGUUCACUGAGUACCGUAUGUCGACAGUUGUCUGCCCCUCUAAACGGAAGUACAGCCUCUCUAUGUGGAAGCAGAGCGUUGGAGCGGACAGUAUGCAGCAGUGCUGUCAGGCAUCAGGAAAAAGAAGCAUCCUCCAGCGCAGAGACUGCGAAGGACUUCAGCUAUUUACCUCCACUGCCUGGACAUGACAGCGCACUGAGAUGGGCCGGGAAGAAGUUUGAAGACUUACCAAUUGUUCACAUUAAAGCUACAUACAACAACACUCACAUCCAGCUAACAGACAGCGCAGGGCAGUCCGUGGUGAGGACAUCCUGCGGAACAGAAGGUUUCAAAAAUAUCAAGAAGUCGACGCCGAUCGCUGCUCAGACUGCGGGCAUCUCUGCUGCUGCGAAAGCCACAGCCAAAGGAGUUAGCUUUGUGCGUGUUGUGGUCAAAGGUCUUGGUCCCGGGCGUUUGUCUGCAAUCAAAGGCCUGACAAUGGGAGGCCUGGAGGUGGUAUCUAUCACUGACAACACCCCCGUGCCACACAAUGGAUGCCGCCCACGGAAAGCCAGAAGGAUGUGAUCUUUGUGUGCCAGAAUGCACUGCGACAGGAGGAAGCUUUUGUGUUGAAUUAUGCUAAUAAAGAGUUUUGUUGUGUAGCUUUUUUGGCUCUGAGCUGACCUUACAAAAAGCGUUUUGGGGAAAUAAUUGCAGAUGGGUGUUAUUAAUGAGCAGAGAACAGGCUUCUCAGUCCUCUGCUGCUACUGUUGGCAGAUGAAUAAACCUUCAUUCUCACUGCAGGCGCUUUUAUGUUCAUUAGUAGACUGAUGUUUGUACACAGCACAGAAAAGGCUCUGCGUGGGAACAACUAGUAGCCACGGGAACCCUUGAUCCUGACUAUGCUACACAGCUGAACCUACAGGGCUGCAGAUUGAUGCAAGAUUGCCCAAGUUUAACCUUCUUGUGUGCCUUUUUAUAUUGUCAACUUUCAGCACAUUAGACAGUCACACAUCUUUUUAACAUGAUAAAAAUACAACAGUCUCCUCUCUUCCCCCCUCCACCCUUCUUUUCUUUACAUUUUGCUAGGAAAAUGGGAAAUUUUUUAAAACAUGCAAGUAUACAUGUGAAUACAGGAUUUAAGGCACAAACAGAGUUUCUAUCAUUCUAAUGAGCUUGAAAGUCAAUAUUUGAUAUGACCACCUUUAUUCUUCAACCUAACCUGAACUCUCCAAGCCAACCUUGUCAUUUCUUUAAGGAGCCGUCAGGAACAGUUUCCCAGGCUUCUUGAAGGACACCCAACAUUCUUCCUUUGAUGGCUGACUUUUGUUUCCUUCUCUGUAAAGAUGAUCCCACAUUGCUUGAACAGUGUUGAGACCCAGGCUCCAGGAGGCCAGUCCAUGACUCAUAGUUCUCCACUGUGUUUUUUCCAUGCAUGUAUGGCUUUUAUUGCAUUGGCAGUGUAUUUGAGGUCAUUGUCAUUCUGCAAAACUGGAGCCGUUGCCAGUCAGAUGCUUUCCAGAUGCCUUAAAUGCUGGAUAGAAAUCUGACCGUAGCUUUCUGCAUACAUGCUGACAGUGAUUUGAACCAAAAAUUUCAAAUUUAUUUUGGUCACUCCAUAAGACCUGCUGCCAGUCCAGUUCUUGUGUAAUUUGGCAUACCUCUGCCUUUUCGUAUCUGUUUCUAUUUCCUUAAGAAUGGCUCUGUAACAUCCACGCUUUCACUGAGAUCAUGAUGAGGCUUCAGCGAACAGUAGAUGGAUCAAUUCGAGGCCCGAUACACGUCUUUGGUCCUGCGUCAGGUCUUUGCUGAACUUUGUCAUAUUUCUUAAGGGAUUCACUUUCAGAUCUGUUCAUUUGCUCUACAUAGUAUUUUUAACUCCUCCCACUUCAUCUUUAGUCCAGUUCCCCUUAAAGUACAAAUAUUAUUUUUUCUCCUGUUAAAUAAUCUUUGGCAUUUUUUUUUUGUAGAUUUUGAUAAAUAAAUGGGAACAAAUUGUGUUUUUGCAACAAGCUGCUAGCAACAAAGUCCCUAUGCAAUUUAAAAUUAUUUCUUUUUCUGAGUUAUGCAUGGAUAGAACACUGGUUCACCCUUGAAUUAGGUGCCUUUUUAUGCUUGAAUUAUUCAUAGGUCAGUGUUAGGUGCCUUAACAAAAUAUAAAAAACUGAUCUGAAAAUGUUCAAAUACAAGGACUGGACUUAAAAUGAAUGAAAAGGCAGCCAAUGUUCAAAGAAAAUUCUUUAGAGACUUUCAGAACGCCUGGAGAAGUGCUGCUCAAGACCACUUUAAAAAUUACAAAAUUCUGGCGAACUGAAAGUGAAAUGUAUGCGUGGGGUAGCUUGAGACUUUUGCACAGUAUUGCACAUCAGUGUAGGUCUCUGCAAAAGCCAAGAUAUUGACUUGAAAGAUCAAUCCUGAGUGGGGAAAUGUUGAAAUGGAAGCAAGUAUAUACCAAGUACCAUCAAUUUUAUUGAGUGUCUGUGUUUCAACAUCUCUUCAAGAUUUUCUUUUAACCUUUCUGGAUAUUUUUAACAUUUGAGACACCCCCAGAAAAUUUUUUACACCUUAACAAGCUCCCUUAAUUAAGUGCAAAUGUUUUUAACUUAGUCAGUUUUACCAUAUAAGUGCACAUAUAGUCAGUGCACGGUUUCGACAAAAAUAGAUUGCAACAGAUGAAAUGACUAACAGGGUCAUGUGUUUGUGGGUUUUCAGUCUAAAUGCUUCAAAGGGGCCUCAGUGAUACAGUGGUGAUGAAAAAAAAUACAGUAUCACAAAUAAAAGUAGAUACACAAAGACUAAUCUGAUGCUUUUGACCUACAAGUAUUGUAUUUCAUUAAAAGAACAACUAUUGA